AUGCCGCUAGAUACCUCGACUUAUUCCCUUGCGCUACUACGCCUCGAUGGCCGGCGGUGGAACGAGUUGCGGCGCAUCACCGCACAAAUCACCACCCAAGCCGCGGCGGAUGGCUCCUCGUACCUCGAGAUGGGAAAUACAAAGGUGAUAUGCACCGUUACUGGGCCAGCGGAAGCAAAAUCGGCGGCGGGUGCCAGAACUGGAGGAGACAAGGCGGAGGUCCGGGUCGAGAUCAGUAUUGCGGGCUUCAGCGGGGUGGAUAGGAAGAGGAGGGCAAAGAACGAUAAGCGUAUCUCCGAGAUGCAGACUACGAUCGGAAACGCUUUCUCCCAAACAUUAUUUACGAAGCUUUACCCACACUCGACUAUAUCUCUCUCCCUUCAUGUCCUCUCCCAAGACGGCUCGCUACUCGCCACAUGCUUGAAUGCUUGCACCCUGGCGCUCAUAGAUGCUGGUGUGCCCAUGAGGGAUUAUAUUUGUGCUUGUACCGCAGGGUCAACAUCGAGCUACAGCAGCAAUGAUGAACAAGCCGACCCCCUACUGGAUUUGAAUACUAUGGAGGAGCAAGAACUGCCCUUCUUGACGGUUGCCACCCUAGGUACGACGGAUAAUGUUAGUGUUCUGGUUAUGGAGACCAGGGUGCAAGUCGGGAGGUUAGAAGGCAUGCUGGCCGUGGGAGUGGAUGGCUGUAAACAAGUCAGAGAGAUCUUGGAUGGCGUAGUGAAAAAGAGGGGCCAUAAGAUAUUAGAAAGCAGCCAGUUAUGA